AUGCCGCUGACUGUAAUCCGACCGUUUCUCUGGGGGUUGUAUCAUGCAGCUGCCAAGCAGCGUAUUGACGCGUACGACUUUGUCGAGUUUGUGGUGCAGCACAUGACGCUCCAGUUUGGCGCCCAUACAAGGCACCGACUCCAAGGACUGAUCACCGCCCUCGAACAAUACUGUAUCAAGGACACGUGGAUUGCCGAACAAUUGCCGUCGGAUUGCUUUACCUUUUACGUGUCGGCAUUGCAAUGCUUGCAGUUUGCAGUGCCGAAUCGAGCGCAACAAGCCGACUACUACAUCCCUAGCGAUGUGUUUUACCCGCUGUAUGUGAAAAAAGCCGUCAUGGCGUUACGUACGAUCGCAAGCGACGCCAACAUCGACGAAGCCAAAUGGUACGCCACGCUGCGCGAGUGUCGAGUGCUGUGUCCGCGCAAGACGGUGCUCGGCAGCCCCAUCUACGUCGUCGGGCUCGGGGCGUUCAUGGAUUUGGUGUUGGACAUUUGGCUGUCGAAUCGACGGAUGAUGGAAGAUGAGAUGCGCCGGAUGUUUGUCCAGUUUGACACGGAUCAAAGCAAGAGCUUGAGCUACGACGAGUUCCGGGCAUUCAUUGUGCACUGCCACAAGACGCUGCAGGAAUCGGCAUCCACCAGCCAGUCAUUUUGUCAGCGCGUUGUGGACGAGAAGAACGUCGUCAAGCUGUACGGCAAGUACCUGAUGCAGUCUGACCAGAGCGAGAUCAACAUCGACUCGUUCGUGCUGGGCGGCAUGGAAAAUCCGCUGACCCUGGCCAUGUUUGGCUUUGCGGUGCCACCGACCCAAACGACCGCGGCCAGUAUCAUGGCCAUGCAGUUGAUUAUGCGCGCCAUGCGGGCCUAUAUAAAACGCUUGCGGUCGGUCACUCCAGUCCCCCGAUCGCCAAAUUCCUAA